GGGGCGGCGGCCCAGCACCCGGAAGGCCACUGGCGGAGUGAGCGCAACAGGCGGCCGCCGCGUCUGGAGCCGGCGCGGCCCGGGCUCGGGAUGGACAAGCUGAAGAAGGUGCUGAGCGGGCAGGACGCGGAGGACCGCAGCGGCCUGUCGGAGGUUGUGGAGGCCUCCUCGCUAAGCUGGGGCACCAGGGUGAAAGGCUUCAUCGCGUGUUUUGCUUUCGGGAUUCUCUGCUCCCUGCUGGGGACUCUGCUGCUGUGGGUGCCCAAGAAGGGACURACCCUCUUCGCGGUCUUUUACACCUUUGGUAACAUCGCAUCCAUUGGGAGUACCAUCUUCCUCAUGGGGCCCCUGAAGCAGCUGAAGCGCAUGUUCGAGCCAACGCGUCUCAUUGCGACCAUCCUGGUGCUGCUGUGCUUCGCCCUCACCCUGUGUUCUGCCUUUUGGUGGCACAACAAGGGACUGGCGCUCAUCUUCUGCAUCCUGCAGUCCUUGUCCUUGACGUGGUACAGCCUUUCCUUCAUACCAUUUGCAAGGGAUGCUGUGAAGAAGUGUUUUGCCGUGUGUCUUGCAUGAUACGCUGCCAGGUCUGCAGAGCUCUGGAAGGCACUGGGCGUGGACGCUGGUGGACAUCUUUGUAAAUAGCCCCCAAACCUGUGUCUGUGAGACACGUGCCUUCAUCCCGCAGUCUCAACCUUUGAGGGUUUGCCUUUGGAAGCGGUCAUGCUCCCACCCCGAAGCUGCAGCACAGAGUCAGAG